AUGCUGUCAUCUCGAGGCGAAAAGAUCACUGCGGUGAUCGAUGAGCCGUGGAGGGCACUAUUUGGGAAACCCGAAUAUGAUGCGAAAUCAAACCCAUCUGGAUUGAUAUCACUUAACGUAGCGGAAAAUCCGCUUGCUUUCGAGGAAUUAACGACAUACAUCAAUAGCAAGAUCCAAUUCGAUAAGUCAGUAUUGUCCUAUAGUUCCAGUGCAGGUGGCGGUCCAAAAUUCCCAGCUGCAAUGGCAGCUUUCGUCAACAGAUACUUUGAUCCAUAUGUCCCUUUGAAGAGUAGCGAGAUACUUGCAACCAACUCCAUUCCAUCACUGAGUGAGCAACUUGCGUUCGCACUCGCAGAAGUUGGUGAUGGAAUGUUGGUCAGUCGGCCAAUUUAUGGCAGGUUCAAAAUGGAUUGGGGAAACAGAGCUGGUGUUGAAAUCGUCUACGCUGAUACAGGUGCACUUGAGGGCUUCACUCCGGGAUGCGUGAAGAAAUAUGAGGAAGCAAUAGUUGCUGCUGAGGCCAGGGGUGUCAAGAUUCGGGGACUGAUAAUCGUGAAUCCUCAUAACCCACUUGCAGGACGCUGUUAUUCCCGCGAAACCCUUGUAGAGUUAUUCAAGUUAUGUCGGAAGUAUCAAAUUCACUUGAUCAGUGACGAGAUAUACGCACUCUCUGUUUUCGAUUCUCGGGAAAGCGGAGCGAUUCCGUUUGUUUCCACUUUGAGUAUCAACACUGAGGGAUUGAUGGAUGAAAAACUUCUCCAUGUUAUAUAUGGGAUGAGCAAGGACUUCUGUGCUCCAGGACUCCGGGUAGGCUGUCUGAUUACCAAAAAUCCAUUGGUAGUAAAGGCCGUCCGUUCAACUUCACGACAGAUUAACCCGUCAGGAAUCUCUCUAGACAUUUCAGCCACCAUUUUGAAUGACGAAAAAUUCGCGGCAACUUACCUUCAAAAUACCCAAAAUCGGGUACUCAAGGCCUACCGCUUUGUUACCGGACUUCUCCGGCAGCAUGGUAUUCCCUAUUUGCAAGGAACGUGA